AUGGAUAGGUUGAGUCUUUUACCAGAUGACUUGAUCUUUAAGAUACUCUCUUUUUUUCCAUCAAAAGCUAUAGUGACCACAAGCCUUUUGUCAAAACGUUGGUGUUCACUCUGGAAACACGUCCCAAAUCUCGGGUAUUCCGAUCCAUAUAUUGAGAGUGAGUACUGGAGCGCUUCACGUUUUAUAGACAAGUUUUUGCUACUACAAGACAACGCUCAUGCUCUACAAACUUUGUAUCUAUGCGUUAAUCGGUCCUGUCCUCCUGAAGACAUUGAAACAUGGGUUGGUGUUGCAGUUUCUCGCGGUGUGCGCGAUAUUCUGUUUUACCAAUAUAGUAGAACCUACUACUGCCCCAUACGGUUGCCUAGGAGCUUGUAUACAUGUGACACCCUAGUGACUUUAAGUCUACUACACACCUUCAUAGUUGAUGUUCCUUUGGCUAUUUGCUUCCCUUCACUCAAGAGUUUGACUCUUGAAUCUGUGGACUUCCUUCUUAGCGAUGAUGAUAUCGUUCAUCGGCUUCUAUCGGGUUGCCGUGUCCUUGAAGACCUAAAAGUGGUUCGAUGGGGCUAUUACAUAUUGAAAACUUUCAAAAUCAUGGUUCCUACAUUGCAAAGAUUAACAGUCGAGGAUGUUUUAAUAAAUUGUAAUCCAGUUCCAGGACCUGAUGCUGGGUUUGUGAUCAAAGCUCCUUGUUUAAAGUCGUUGGCGAUUACUAGCAAGUUUGGUUCGUUCCACUCACUAGUGAAAAUGCCAUACCUGGUGAAGGCUAACAUAAUGCUUCAACAUGGAGAUUCUAAGAAUCUUCUCGGAUGUGUUACCUCAGCCAAACACCUAUCCUUAUGUUUAAAACAACGAAUGGAUUCGUAUCCAAUAGGCGACUUCAGUCAACUCGUGUCUCUUAAAGUCUGUACAUGCUCUUUAGAGUGGUAUCGUCUUAUACUCAGCCGUGCCCCUAAACUCCGAGUUCUCAGAUUCCAAGGUCAAGAAAAUUUGCUUCCAUCUUCAUACAUAAAUGAUCUUAAGAAAUGUUACAGCAGCUCCGAAGAUGUCCAGACUCAGUGGGAGCGACCGAGUUCUGUUCCUGACUGUUUGAUCUCGAGCCUCGAAACUAUCGAAUGGAUUGGUUACAAAAGAACAGAAGCAGAGAACUCAGAGCUGAAGUAUUUGAGAGAGAACUCUAGAAGACUGCUAAAGACGAUUAUUGUUUCAAAAUACUGGGAGAGCCUACACGAAGAAGCUUAA